GUAACUAUGACCUCUGAGCUGGAGAGUAGCCUUACUUCAAUGGACUGGCUUCCCCAGCUCGGCAUGAGGGCAGCCAUACAGAAGACAGAUGCGGGGCGCCACCAUGGCCACUUAGGGCACCAUCACCACCACAUGCUCCACCACGGGCAUGGACCUGGCAAGAAAAUGGUACAUUUGGACCCGGGAACAACACUGGACCAAGAAGAAGCAGCACAGCACAGAGACGGUAAACCCCCCUACAGCUACGCCAGCCUCAUUACCUUUGCCAUCAAUGGGUCACCUCGCAAACGGAUGACCCUCAGUGAGAUAUACCAGUGGAUCUGUGACAACUUCCCCUACUACAGAGAGGCAGGCAGCGGCUGGAAGAACUCCAUACGACACAACCUGUCUUUGAACAAGUGUUUUCUCAAAGUGCCUCGCUCUAAAGACGACCCUGGAAAAGGUUCCUACUGGGCCAUAGACACCAAUCCUAAAGAAGACACAUUACCCAGCAGGCCCAAGAAAAGACCACGGUCUGGAGAACGGGCAUCAACCCCUUACAGUCUGGAGUCAGAGUCUUUGAGAAUGGACUGCAUCAUGUCAGGAGGGGCAUCCCCAACUCUGGCCAUUGGUGCAGCAAAUAACAAGGUAGCUCUGUAUAAUCCUGAAGCAGAAGACGGUGAGAGUCCUGGGAGUCUGGGUGGCAGCCUGAGCAACAGUCUUUCAGAGCCGAGCUUGGCGUCUGUCAACCUUAACAGCCUGAGCACGGCUGUCAGCAGCGGCGGCAGCGUGCACAGCUACACACCAGUGAGCAGCCAUUCAGAGCCUUCCUCCCAGUCCCUGAGCCUCCAACAACCAUCCCAGCCUCCUCUGCCUCCCCCUCCUCCCCCGCAGCCUCAGUUUGGGUUAUCUGUCCCGGAGUCACGGGACAAGCUGCUCUGUUUCUCAGACUUCGAGGACCUCAGCGCUUCUUUCCGCGGUCUUUACAAGUGCAUCUUUGAGCAGCCCUUUUCACAGCCAGGCUUGAUGAACAUGUCGAGUGACUCCAGUCAGGCUCGGACCACUUGCUCCUACCAGCACUCUCCUAGUGCAGGAAGCAGCAGCGCCCACCACCACCAACACAACCACGGCCAGACGUCGCACCACGCUCACCACCCUCACCUGUCCCCUCACCGGCACCAGGUGCACGGCCAGCACCAGCAGCACCCUUCUCUGUCCCACCAGAGUCACGGAGUUCAGACCCGCUCUACAACAGGCAUUUCAUCCGACUGGUACCCCAACCUGGACUGGCUGAAAGAGAGCUGCCGCAUUGCUACCAGCUACAACUGGGCUGAUGUGGAUCUCUCCCCAUUUCAAGGUCUAAAGGAGUGUAUGAGGCAAGCUGAGAUCAACAACUGGACUUUGGAUGCCGCUCAGAUGGCCGACCUGUGUUCCUCGAUUAACCAGUUCUUCACUGCCACAGGAGUCAUCCCUCCUCAGGGUGCCUCCCACUCUCAGCCUCAAGUCCAACACGGUGCAGCAGCGUCAGCGCCGCAGCGUCCACCUCAACCACACGGGGCCAUGCACCCAAAACCCAACCACCACAAUCAGCACGGGCAGCACAACCAACACAUCGGCACCGGGAACAUGUACAUGGACUCGAGACAGAACAUUUCUCCUUUAAUGGGUCCACCCGGAUAUCCUCACAUACCUCCAAUAAGCACCACGGUACCCAACAUGACAGGUCAUCACAACCAGUUGAACCACCACCAGCAACACGGACUGCCUCCAGGACACUUUCAGGUGAGACGCAUGCUCGCUGCUGAUGACAUCCAGGAUGACUUUGACUGGGACUCCAUUGUCUAAAUGGAGAGAGGGAUCUGAAACAGAAGGAGGCAGUAGAGGCUCUGUGGGACCAUCUUCUUAUGGAGGUGUCCAUCCUGCUUUGUCCACCUGUGUGAAGGAAAACAGAUGACAAUCCAACUGAGAACAAAUGGAAAAUAAUUUUUAAAAUCACGUUGGACUUCUUUUUUCUAAUCUUGAGCGGCUGAUGAAUCUAAAGACAAUCAUUGUUUAAAUUAUUUUUUUUUUUUUGCUGUGUGGGACAAAUCCAGGAGGGAAA